AUGCCUCCAAGAUCACGUACAAGAAACGCAUCACCAGUGCCAGCACAAAACGACACCGACUCUCCACCAAGAAGGAGUAGAGCUGCACGUAGAACUGAUUUAUCCGGAUUGGACAUUGAUCCUGAAGCAGAUGAUGAUGUGGAAUACGAAGGUGAAGGUGAAGUUGAAGAAGGGGACGAUUUAGAAGAAACUCCAAAGAAAAGAAAAAUAGGAGUGAUUGAAGAUGAAGAAGAUGAAGAAGAACCCGAGGUAACCGGGCAACCAGGAGAUGAAGGCGAAGGACCCGAAGAAGAAGAAGAAGAGGAAGAAAUUCAAACCGCUGGUGGUGAAACAAUCAAAGUUAAAAAGGAAGGUCCAAAGAAAAGAGGAAGAAAGAAGACUAAAUUAACAAUGACCGAAGAUGGUGGAUAUUAUGAUGAAGAUGGUAAUCUAUUAAAGAUUGAGAAUGAUGAAGUUGUGGUUGACGAUGAAGAUCCAAAAGCUUCAGAGAAGAUUGAUGAAUUCGGUAAUUUAAAAGGUGAUAGAAAAUUUAGAAAUAAGAUUUUUACAGUUUUGGGACAAGGGGAUAGAAAAUAUAUGGUGAGUACCGAACCAGCUAGAUUAGUUGGAUUCAGAGAUUCCUAUUUAUUAUUCAAGACCCAUCAAAACUUAUUCAAAAAGGUUUGUACAAAUGAGGAAAAAAUGGAUUUGAUUGAUAGACAUAUAAUCCCAACAUCUUAUAAAGGAAGAUCGGUGAAUUUAGUAACUGCAAGAUCGAUAUAUAGAGAAUUUGGAGCUAAGAUUUUGAUCAAUGGUAAAAAAGUGAUUGAUGAUUUUUGGGAACAGAAAGCCAGAGAUAAUGGAGAUGUAGAAGGAGAAUAUGCUGAUCCAAAUGAAUUAUAUAGUUACAACAUAACCAGAAAUGGGAAUGGGGAUUUACCUGCCAAUGCCAAUUCUCAACCAACAGCUAUAUCUGGAGCUGCUUUAUUCAGUUACGAAACAGAUCCUACAUGGCAAUACCAAAUUGCUUUACAGACCAGAGAAUUUAAUAACAAACUUUUCCAAGACAGGGGUAUCACCUUUGGUGGAGUCAAAGAUGUUUACACUGGGCUCAACUUUUUACCAUUAGGAACUCAACCAACAAAACGUAAGGUAUAUAAAAUUGAAGGAAGGGACGAAGAUAAUAAAUCCAUUCAUCUUGACACGAGAUUCCAAAAUGGUGAUAUAAGGAAAAAAUAUACUGGAUUAAGUACCUUGUCUAAAGAUUUCGUCAAUAACAUUCAAGAUGAAGAAAUAAAAAAGGAAGUCAUGGAUCAAAUAAAUUACGAAGAAACCCUUUAG